UCAUCUAUGGUCAUAACAUCCUUGUUCAUUGUUUACUUGGGCAGCUCAUUGAAUCUGAGUGAACAAGUCACCGUGAAACCUCUGCUUGGAAUAUUUGAACACUUUUAUUUGCCCAAUAAUCCCAUCCAUACGCUUGGGAGUUUCUCAUCCGGUGCAGUACACACAUAUUGAUUGAUUUGAGACAGAAAUGGCCUCAGCAGAGCCUCGAAUUGGCCUCGUCUGCGAAAAUGACUCGAAUAGCAUCGUCGGCGAAACGGCCUCGAAUAGAGUCAUCGGCGAUACGGCUUCGAAUAGCCUCGUAAACGAAACGGACUCGAAUAGCCUCGUAAACGAAACGGACUCGAAUAGCCUCGUCAACGAAACGGCUUCGAAUAGCGUCAUCGGCGAUACGGCUUCGAAUAGCCUCGUCCGCAAACGAGCACUACAUGAAGACAGUCAUGGGAAUAAUUCCAGUUCAAAACGAAGGAAAGACAACUCGGAUGAUUCAAGAAAAAUAGUUGCUCUUAUCCUCGCCCGAGGAGGAAGCAAAGGGAUCCCUCUGAAGAAUAUCAAGAUGCUGGCAGGUGUUCCUCUGAUCGGAUGGGCCAUAAGAGCAGCAUUGGAUUCGGGGGUCUUUGACAGUGUUUGGGUGUCCACGGAUCAUCAUGAGAUCAAGAGAGUGGCUGAAGCUUGGGGUGCCAAAGUGCACAUAAGGAGUCCAGAGGUGUCCAAAGACUCCUCAAGCUCACUUGAGGCCAUUCAAGAGUUUGCUAGACAGAACACAGAUGUAGAUCUCAUCUGUAACAUUCAGGCAACUUCUCCUUGCCUGCACCCCUACCAUCUCAAAGAGUCCCUGGAGCUUAUGACCAAACAAGGGUUUGACUCUGUCUUCUCUGUGGUCCGAAGACACCACUUUCGAUGGCAAGAGGUCAAGAAAGGAGGGUGUAUUUGCACAAAACCUCUGAACUUGAACCCAGCUUGCAGACUGCGCCGUCAGGACUGGGAUGGAGAGCUGUGUGAAAACGGCUCCUUUUACUUCGCAACCAAAGACCUCAUAAAUCGAGGGCUUCUUCAGGGUGGAAACACGACAUACUUUGAGAUGUUGCCCGAGUACAGUGUGGAUAUUGAUGUUGACAUAGACUGGCCUGUAGCUGAACAGAGAGUGUUGAGGUUUGGUUACUUUGGUAAGGACAAGCCAGAGGUUGUGAAGCUCCUGCUAUGUAACGUGUCUGGAUGUCUGACAGACGGUCAGAUCUACUUGUCAGUGAGGAAAGAGGAGAUGGUUUCCAUCAACAGCAGAGACCAGUACGGCAUCAAAAAGCUCAUGAGAGAGGGAGUGGAGGUUAUUUUGUUGUACUCCCAAGAAGACUGCAUUCCAAAGGCCUUAGCUGACAAACUUUCUAAUAGAAUGGGCUGUAAAGUCUUGCCGGUGGAUGACAAACUAAAGGAGGUGAAGGAACUGAUAGAGGAUAAAAAACUGGAGUGGAAUGAGGUGGCUUACUUAGGGAACGAUGAGCCAGAUGUGGAGUGCCUGAAUCUGGCAGGGCUAAGCGCAGUACCCCUGGGCGCCCCAGUGGAGGCGCUCAACGCUGCAAAAUACUCCUGCUGUAAUGCAGCAGGUCACGGGGCUAUGAGAGAGUUUGCUGAACACAUCCUGCUGCUGAAAAAGAAGGCCAAGUCUCAGAUGGAGCAGGACAGAAUUUGUAGAAACACAUUCUAGGUGCCAUUUUACUGUGGAGGUUCAGUUUAAAACAUGGACGGAAAUUGAAAUUUGAAAUUGUUUUCUAAAUUUUUAUAUUUAAUUAUUGUAUUUGUUGCCAAUGUAAAGAUGAAGAAUCAGUGUAUUUAAAGUAUUACAUGUGUGCUUAAACUUUAACAAUAAAACUGUGAUGAUUAUGAUGGUGAUGGAUAUCCUUUGGUGUUUCUUUUAACAGUAAUGUGUAAGUGUGGGUGUGUGUGUGGGUGUGUGUAUAUAUAUAUAUAAUAUUAUAAUUAUAUAGAAUACUUUUUUUGAUGAAUGUAUUUCUCUGUCUAAAUAUUUAAUUAUUGUAUUUGUUGCCAAGGUAAAGAUGAAGAAUCGGUGUAUUUAAGAAUUACAUGUGUGCUUGAACUUUAACAAUAAACCUGUGAUGAUUAUGAUGGUGAUGGAAAUAAAAAUUAUU